AUGUAUGUAAAGAGUAGAUGGCUGGGUGUGGAUGUGUUCUUUAGUGUGCGUGCACGUGAACCUUCUCUUGUUCAGUACAAAGUGUUUUUAAUGAUGGAUCAAAAAUCACUUGAUCUGUUGGCUGAUAAUCUGGACAUCAAAUAUGAAGUUCUUGACAAUAUUUGUCAGGGUCGAAAGAUCUUUCAAGCAGCAAUGACUCUAACCAACAAAUGUUCAGUACCACUCUCCUAUGGAGAGUGGGCAAUCUACUUCUGCCACUUACGCAUGAUAGAACCCACCCAUCUCUCAGAGAAGAAGUUUGCAAUUCUCAAGGAUUAUGGAGUCAAAUUUUCACAGAUUGCUGGUUGCUUAUUUAAAUUGGAACCUGUUGAUAAUUUUAAGACACUCAACCAGAAUGAUUCCCUAAGAAUUGUUUUUCUUGCUCAGUAUUAUUCUGUUGCCAAAACAGAUGUUCUACCCAAUUGGUACAUGACAUUUCCAAACCUACGUCCUCACAUCAUCAAAUGUACAGCUAAUGAAGAGCUCAGCUUUGUUGCUCAAUUUGAAAAUGCUUCCCAGUGGAAAAGGUAUGACUAUGAGAUGUCCGAUGGCAAACGUCGCUAUGAUGUCUAUGAUCCUUUCACUCCUGAGGUGCGUUUUGAGAGGAACAAAUCCAGCUAUGACACUGAAGAAGAGAAAUCUACACCAAAACAAGUCAUUCCUACACCAUUGUAUCUAGAAGUGAAGGAAGAAAGAACUGUCAAUCUGAAAAAUGGCAACUGGGUUAUCCACUCCCAUGAGGCUCUUUCUAAAGAAGCAGAAUUUCUUGCAGAGUCACUCAAUCUCAAAAUUGUCGCACAGCAUCCAGUUUCCAAGUAUAUCAGUUUUCAACUUGUGCAAACUGUAGAGUUGCCGUCUCAUGACCAUCCCAGUAUUCCUGAGGAGGCAUAUACAUUGUCAGUUGAUUGUGAUAAAGAAACAGUUGUCAUCACGUCAUCUGCUAAUCCAGGUUCUUUCUGGGCCAUCCAGACUUUAUUUUCUCUAUUAAAAGAUAACCAAUUGCCACAAACUGAAGUGAUUGAUGCACCAAGAUAUUGUUACCGUGGCUUGCAUGUAGAUGUGGUGAGAAAUUUUCAUGGUAAACAGACCCUAUUCAAAUUAAUUGAUGGAAUGGUGAUGUACAAGAUGAAUAAGUUACAUCUACAUCUAACAGAUGAUGAAGGUUGGAGAAUUGAGAUCCCUGGUCUGGAAGAAUUAACAUCUGUUGGUGGAUUUCGUGGCCAUAAUACAGAGAGAAAUUGUAUUUUACCCUUGCUUGGUUCAGGCCCCGAGUGCAACACUUCUGGAUCUGGUUACUAUUCUGUGAAGGAUUACCGAGAGAUCUUGAUGUAUGCAACUAAACGUCAUGUAGAAGUGAUUCCAGAGAUUGACAUGCCAGGACAUUGCAACGCUGCCAUUCAAGCAACCAAAUCUCGUUAUGAGCGCCUUAAGAACGAGGAGUACUUUGUCCAGCAGGUUGCUGCUAUUGUCCACAAGCAUGGGCUCAAUCUUGGAGCCUGGCAAGAUGGGAUGAUGUCAGCAGAGGGACCAUUUGAACGUUCCAGUCUUCCAUCAAAAGAUGUCCUUGUUUAUGCUUGGCAAAAUGUCUGGGAGUCUGGAAAAGCUAAUGCUGCUUAUCUACUGGCCAAUGCAGGAUAUAAAGUGGUCAUGUCUCAAGCUACUCACCUUUAUUUUGAUCAUCCCUAUGAACCUGACCCUGAGGAGCGAGGGUUAUAUUGGGCAGCUCGUUUCAUUGACACAGAAAAAGUGUUUAAAUUUAUUCCUGAUGAUUUGUAUUCCAAUGCAGACUACAAACUGACAGGCGAGCCUCUUUCUAUGAAAGAUAUUAAAGCUUAUGAGAAAAGAAUUGUAAAGUUGAAAAUUCCAGAAAAUAUUAUUGGAGUUCAAGGUCAGCUUUGGUCAGAAUUGGUACGAACGUCUGAUCAAUUGGAAAGUAUGAUUUUCCCUCGGUUAAUUGCAAUGGCUGAGCGCGCAUGGCACAAAGCAUCAUGGGAGAAUGAGACUGACAAAACCAAGAGAGAUGCUGAAUCAAAAAAAGAUUGGGCAGCAUUUGCUAAUAGCCUUGGAUCAAAAGAACUUGCUCGAUUGGAUGCUUUACAGAUAGCCUAUCAUAUAGUGCCUCCCGGUGCACGCUUUGAACAAGAUGGACAGUUAAAGAUGAACUGCACAUAUCCAGGUCUUCCUAUCCAAUACAGUAUUGAUGAAGGUGAGACAUGGACAACUCAUUCAGGAGAACCCGUAUACAUUCCAAGUGAAUCUAGAGUUAUUCUUCAAACUAGCUCAACAGAUAGAUAUCGAUCAAGUCGGCAAAUUGAAAUGUCAGUUCCAACCAACAGUUAA